AUAGAUCCUUCAAGUUUCUUUCCAAAUCUCUUUUCUUCUUAAAUUUUACUCUCUCACUUUCUCACAUUAAAAUCCCAUAUCUUGGUCCACUUCACUGAAAUAUCAACGCAUUGUGUAUGUAUAUACAUACGUACAUAUGAUUUGUUUAUGAUAAACAAUAAUAAUAAUUAUAGUUAUAAGGGUGCUUCAUAAUUUCUUUUCUUUAAAAAGUAUACUUUAUAUGUACAACGUUUUCUUGCAUCCCUCCCCUCAAAAUCACACUCUGUUUCUCUCUAUAUAAGACCCAUUUGACAGCAACUCAACAAUCUCCUCUGUACCCCAAAACAGAAUUGAAGCAGAGCAGCAGAUCCCCUCAAUGGCUGUUUCAAAUCCUACCCUCUAUCUUCUUUCUUUUCUUCUUUUCUCUAUAUCCCUAACGCCCGUCAUUGCUUCUAAAUCGUCCUAUGUGGUGUACUUGGGAGCUCAUUCUCACGGCCUAGAAUUAUCAUCAGCUGAUCUUGAUCGAGUAAAAGAAUCCCACUAUGAUUUUCUUGGAUCAUUCUUGGGGAGUCCCGAAGAAGCCCAAGAAUCCAUUUUCUACUCCUACACAAAGCACAUCAAUGGCUUUGCUGCAGAAUUGAAUGAUGAAGUAGCUGCUAAGCUAGCAAAGCAUCCGAAGGUGGUUUCAGUCUUUUUGAACAAAGGAAGAAAGUUGCACACAACUCGAUCGUGGGACUUUCUUGGGCUGGAGCAAAACGGCGUAGUUCCAUCAAGCUCAAUAUGGAAGAAAGCCAGAUUUGGUGAAGAUACAAUUAUAGGAAACCUCGAUACUGGUGUGUGGCCUGAAUCAAAAAGCUUUAGCGACGAGGGGUUGGGACCGAUUCCAUCAAAGUGGAGAGGAAUUUGUGACCAUGGCAAAGAUUCUUCAUUUCACUGCAACAGGAAGUUGAUAGGAGCAAGAUUCUUCAACAGAGGAUAUGCCAGUGCGGUAGGCUCAUUAAACUCGUCCUUUGAAUCACCUCGUGAUAAUGAAGGGCAUGGGACACAUACCCUUUCAACAGCUGGAGGUAACAUGGUAGCAAAUGCCAGUGUGUUUGGGCUAGGCAAAGGGACAGCCAAAGGAGGGUCGCCGAGAGCCAGAGUUGCUGCCUACAAGGUGUGCUGGCCUCCCGUACUGGGCAACGAAUGCUUCGAUGCAGAUAUUCUAGCAGCCUUUGAUGCUGCCAUUCACGACCGUGUUGAUGUGUUGUCUGUGUCAUUGGGUGGUACAGCUGGUGGUUUCUUUAACGACAGUGUAGCCAUUGGAUCUUUUCAUGCAGUCAAGCAUGGUAUUGUGGUGGUUUGCUCGGCUGGAAACUCUGGCCCAGACGACGGUAGUGUGUCUAAUGUUGCACCGUGGCAGAUCACCGUUGGGGCAAGCACUAUGGAUAGGGAGUUCCCUAGUUAUGUUCUACUUGGCAAUAACAUGAGUUUCAAGGGAGAAAGCUUAUCAGAUGCAGUUUUACCGGGCACAAACUUUUUCCCACUUAUCAGUGCCCUUAAUGCCAAAGCAACAAAUGCAUCAAAUGAAGAAGCGAUAUUAUGUGAGGCCGGGGCUCUUGACCCCAAGAAGGUGAAGGGGAAGAUCUUGGUGUGCCUUAGAGGCUUAAAUGCAAGAGUUGACAAAGGACAACAAGCUGCUUUGGCCGGCGCUGUUGGCAUGAUUCUUGCUAAUAGUGAGCUUAAUGGGAAUGAAAUCAUUGCUGAUGCUCAUGUGCUCCCAGCUUCACACAUUAGUUUCACAGAUGGUCUUUCUGUUUUCGAGUACAUUAAUUUAACCAAUUCUCCAGUGGCAUAUAUGACUCGUCCAAAAACAAAGUUACCUACAAAACCAGCUCCAGUCAUGGCAGCUUUCUCAUCAAAAGGUCCCAACAUUGUAACACCAGAAAUUCUCAAGCCUGAUAUAACAGCACCGGGAGUAAAUGUCAUAGCCGCCUACACAAGAGCUCAAGGGCCAACAAAUCAAAAUUUCGACAGGCGUAGAGUACAAUUCAACUCUGUCUCAGGAACCUCAAUGUCUUGUCCUCAUGUUUCAGGCAUUGUAGGCCUCCUUAAAACCCUCUAUCCUUCCUGGAGUCCUGCUGCUAUUCGAUCAGCUAUCAUGACUUCUGCAACCACCAUGGACAACAUAAACGAGUCUAUUCUCAAUGCAUCAAAUGUUAAAGCAACACCAUUUAGCUAUGGAGCAGGACAUGUUCAACCAAACCAGGCCAUGAAUCCUGGGCUGGUUUAUGACUUAAACACAAAGGAUUACCUCAAAUUCCUAUGUGCCUUGGGCUACAGUAAAACACUAAUCUCGAUUUUCUCAAAUGAUAAGUUCAAUUGUCCCAGGACUAAUAUUAGUCUCGCCGAUUUCAACUAUCCUUCGAUCACAGUCCCUGAACUCAAGGGUUUAAUUACCUUGAGUCGAAAAGUAAAAAAUGUAGGUUCACCGACUACUUACAGAGUUACAGUACAAAAACCAAAAGGAAUUUCAGUGACUGUAAAGCCAAAAAUACUGAAGUUCAAAAAAGCUGGAGAAGAGAAAAGUUUCACUGUCACUCUCAAGAUGAAAGCCAAGAAUCCUACCAAGGAGUAUGUGUUUGGAGAGUUGGUGUGGUCGGAUGAAGAUGAACACUACGUAAGGAGUCCUAUAGUGGUGAAAGCAGCUUAAUUGAUUAAUUAGAAACAAUAAUGUUGGUUUAAGAUAUUAUAUUUUUUACCUUUGUGGUAGCAGGAAAAAGAAAUGCCUUCUAGUUUACACACCCAUGUUAUGCUUUAUCAAGAAUAAAAGUCUCUUGCUAUUUUUUUUUGCCA